AUGAAGUUACUCAAGUUCUUGAUGGUUUUUGUUCUUUAUUUUGGCUCUGUCAUUGGGCAGCUUCCCUCUCCGGAUAUAUUGGCUUUGCUCGAGUUUAAGAAAGGUGUCGAACAUGAUCCAACGGGGUUUCUUCUUGAAUCUUGGAAUGAGGAGUCUAUUGAUUUCAAUGGAUGUCCUUCAUCUUGGAAUGGGAUAAUGUGUAAUGGUGGUAAUGUUGCAGGAGUUGUUCUUGACAACUUGGGUUUAGUUGCUCAUGUUGAUUUGAGUGUAUUUGCUAAUCUUACAAAGCUUGUUAAGCUUUCAAUGGCUAACAAUUCAAUUGCUGGGAAAAUGCCUAAUAACAUAGAUAGAUUUAAGAGCCUUCAGUAUCUAGAUCUCUCAGGUAAUCUAUUCAACUCUUCUUUACCCCCAGAGGUUGGACAGUUAGGGAGGUUAAAGAAUCUGUCAUUAGCUGGUAAUAACUUCUCUGGUAUGAUACCGGAGACAAUUUCAGGGCUUGUGUCUAUGCAAUCUUUGGACUUGAGUCACAAUUCUUUUUCUGGGGCUCUAUCUUCAUCUCUGAUGAAAUUGACUGGUUUGGUAUACCUGAAUCUAUCUGUUAAUGUAUUCACAAAGGAAAUUCCUAAAGGAUUUGAGCUGAUGGAAAAUCUUGAAGUGCUUGAUUUGCACGGAAAUAUGUUUGAUGGCAAUUUGGAUGCAGAAAUGUUGCUGCUUACCACUGCAACUCAUGUUGACUUGAGUGGAAAUUUGCUAGUGAACACUGCUUCUCAGCAGCAGAAAUUUUUGCCAGGUUUAUCGGAGUCGGUGAAGUAUUUAAAUCUUAGCCAUAAUCAGCUAAAGGGUUCACUUGUAAGUGGAAAUGAAGCUCAGACUUUUGGCAACUUGAAGGUCUUGGAUUUGAGCUACAAUCAGCUCUCAGGGGAAUUGCCUAGUUUCAAUUUUGUUUAUGAUCUACAGGUGCUUAAACUUGCCAACAACUUAUUUUCCGGAUUUAUUCCGAAUGAUCUUUUGAAAGGAGAUGCAUUGCUUCUCACUGAGUUGGAUUUGAGUGGAAACAACCUCACUGGUCCAAUAAGCAUGAUAACAUCCACAACAUUGCGAACUCUUAACUUAUCCUCCAAUGCUCUUUCUGGUGAACUUCCCUUUGUGACUGGAACUUCUGCGGUGCUUGAUCUCUCGAAAAAUCAGUUCAAAGGUAAUCUAACUAGAAUGCUGAAAUGGGGGAAUAUUGAAUUUCUUGACCUUAGCCAAAACCGUUUGACUGGAAACAUCCCUGAGGUUACGUCUCAGUUUCUGCGUUUAUAUCACCUCAACCUUUCGAGCAAUACCUUGACAGGAUCUAUCCCGAAAGUUAUUUCACAGUUUCCUAAGAUCACUGUCCUUGAUCUCAGUUUCAACCAGCUGGAUGGGCCUCUUCUUACUUCUCUACUAACUAUGCCCACUAUUGAAGAACUUCACCUACAAAACAAUGCAUUUGUUGGAAGCAUUGAUUUCUCUCCUCUGGCUAGUACUCCUAAGCUUCGUGUUCUAGAUCUUUCUCAUAAUCAGCUUGCUGGUUACUUUCCUGAUGGAUUUGGGGCACUGAUUGCACUUCAACUACUCGAUAUAUCAGGAAAUAAUUUCUCUGGAUCUUUGCCAACUUCCAUGGGUAAUGUUAGCUCUCUUACUUCUUUAGAUGUUUCAGAGAAUCAUUUCUCGGGUGAACUGCCAAAAAACCUGCCUAACAGCCUCCAAAGCUUUAAUGCAUCACUCAAUGACUUCUCUGGUGUCGUGCCUGAGAAUUUGAGAAAAUUUUCCUUAUCAUCUUUCUACCCGGGAAACUCUCAACUUCAAUUUCCGAAUCCUCCUUCAGGAUCUGGUCAAGCUUCAACAGAAAAGCAUAAGAGCAGGCAACUUAAAACUAUUAUUAAAGUGGUGAUCAUUGUUGCUUGUGUGGUUGUUCUUGUUGUUUUAAUCAUGCUAGCCAUUUUUGUAUUUUACUUGCGGGCAUCGAGGAACUCGCAGGCACAUGUUACUGACAAUGACAUCCGCCGUCAAACCCAAUCAAAUCCUUCUGGUUUUAGCAGUAGAGAAGGUGCAGUAGUUUCAGCACAAGAUGUUACAGCUGCUUCACGGAAAGCAUCAUCAUCAGAAGUAAUUAGUGCUGAUGAGAAAACGACAGGUUUCUCCCCUUCGAAAACAAGUCAUUUCACUUGGUCACCAGAGUCAGGGGAAUCAUAUACUGCAGAAAGCCUAGCUGAUAAUUUGGCUGGAGAGCUGUUCUUCCUUGAUGAUACAAUCUCUUUUACAGCUGAGGAACUAUCUAGGGCCCCAGCUGAAGUCUUAGGCAGAAGCAGCCAUGGGACAUCUUACAGGGCAACACUAGAUAACGGGUUGCUCUUGACUGUGAAAUGGUUGAGAGAAGGAGUGGCCAAACAGAGAAAGGAUUUCACAAAGGAGGCUAAAAAGUUUGCCAACAUUAGACAUCCAAAUGUGGUGGGAUUAAGAGGUUACUACUGGGGUCCCACACAACAUGAGAAGCUUAUUCUUUCAGAUUACAUAUCUCCCGGAAGUCUAUCAAGUUUUCUAUAUGAUCGACCUGGAAGAAAAGGUCCACCACUAACCUGGCCCCAAAGACUCAAAAUAUCAGUUGAUAUUGCGCGUGGCCUGAAUUAUCUCCAUUUUGACCGCGAGGUUCCUCAUGGAAACCUUAAAGCAACCAACAUCUUGUUGGAUGGUCCUGAUCUUAAUGCACGAGUUGGUGAUUACUGCCUUCACCGUCUUAUGACUCAAGCGGGGACAAUUGAGCAAAUUCUUGAUGCUGGAGUGUUAGGUUAUCGUGCACCAGAGUUGGCUGCAUCGAAGAAACCAGUGCCUUCCUUCAAAUCAGAUGUAUACGCUUUCGGAGUCAUUUUGUUGGAGGUCCUAACUGGGAAAUGUGCAGGUGAUGUUGUUUCUGGUGAAGAUGGUGGUGUAGACUUGACUGAUUGGGUAAGGUUGAAAGUGGCAGAAGGUGGAGGAUUCGAUUGUUUUGAUAAUGCAUUGUCAUCUGAGAUGGGAAAUCAAACAAUAGAGAAGCAAAUGAAGGAGGUUCUUGCAAUAGCUCUAAGAUGCAUACGUUCGGUAUCUGAGAGGCCAGGUAUCAAGACUGUAUAUGAGGACCUUUCAUCUAUUUAGUUUUCCUCAUUUUGGCUUUUGCUUGGGAAUCAAAUAGCUCAUUGGCUUCCCUU